CCUCCGUUUCUCUUCUCUUUUAAACCCUCGAGCUUCAAGUUGUGUAGGUUUUUCCGGUUUACCCCCGCCCUUUCUUUCCCUCUUAUUUUUGUUUUUUUCUUCUUCCUCCACAUCGGACGUUUUCCAUCGCCUACACCAGUACACUGCUCUUCUUUUUCCUUCCGCUGGAUUUCUUGCGGACUCUGGUUAUGGCGGUUUCCGUUACUCAAGACUAAAGGAAGCUGCUUUUGCAAAAUUGCAUCAGGACUUCAGGAGUGGUCUGGGCAAUCAUUCACUGCGCCUUCAAUAGCAGUGUCAAGUGUUAACUAUAGAAAUCCCCGUGUAGUUUUUAGACACAUUUUGUUGUUGAACGCUGGAAGGCAGUGUGUCUGAUCAAAGUAUUGUGAAGGAAGAGAGUUUUGGAAAUCACUGAAAUGGCUAACAGCAAAUACGAGUACGUGAAGUCAUUUGAAGUUGAAGACGAGGUGACGCCGCCCAAUAUCAUUGUUGUUCGAAUUGAGGGCAGGGACUUCGAAAGGAGAAAAAAGAAAGAGAGGGGAGGGACAUAAAAAGACAAAAAAGGUAUUUUUCAUCAUCUAUACUCUGAUUGUGCUUACUCUCCAUCUUUUUGUAGAUUUUCUGCAGUUCAUGAGUUUGAGAAACCCAAUGAUGAGAAAGCCGUAAAAUUGAUGAACUCCUGUGCAACUUCUGUAUUAGAAGAGUAUCCAGAUAUUGUUUUUGCAUAUGGAUACGGCCAUGAGUACAGUUUUGUUUUCAAGAAGACAUCCAAGUUCUACCAGAGGCGAAGCAGCAAGAUACUGUCCCUCAUUGUAUCAUUCUUUUCUUCUGUCUAUGCCACUAAAUGGCAAGAUUUCUUUCCCCAUCAGGAGUUGAAAUAUCCCCCUUCAUUUCAUUCACGGAUUAUAUGCUGUGCAGCAACAGAGGUUCUUCAGACAUAUCUUGCAUGGAGACAAAAUGAUUGCCAUGUUCGUAACCAGUAUAAUACUUGUUUCUGGAUGCUGGUUGGAAAAGGUGGGAAGACAGAAAGGGAAGCAGAAGACAUCUUAAAGGAUGCUCAAAAACAAGAUAGAAAUGAACUUCUUUUUCAACAGUUUGGAAUCAACUACAAAAAUGGAGCUGAAAUGUUUCGUCAGGGAUCUUGUAUUCUCAAGAAGAAGGUGGAAGAUAUUGUGAAGUACAGUGAGGAUGGUAUUCCUGUUAAGAGGCUACGGAGAAAGGUGAUUGACAUCAACUCAAAAAACAUAGCCAGUAGAAGUUUUUGGAAUGAGAACCCUAGUCUCCUUGAAGAGCUGGGUAGUUUUACUCAGGAUGUUGACAAAAUUAAACCAGAUUAUAUAAGGUCUUUUUUAUUUGAAAACAAGUUGAUGCCAUCUACUUGGAUUGUGAUUAGAAUCGAUGGCUGCCAUUUUCACAGGUAAAAUUGGUCAUCAUGCUGCUUCUAUUCAUUUGGACUGUGCUUGUUUCCCUUGGCUGCUAGUCAAUGGAAGUUGAAACCCUCCUCAAGAACUCAACCUAGAAGCUUUAGCUGAUAGAUUUUCUGAAGUUCAUGAGUUUACAAAGCCGAACGAUGAGCAAGCUCUUAAACUUAUGAAUUCAUGUGCUGUCACUGUGUUGGAAGAGUUUGAAGAUGUUAAAUUCUCCUAUGGGGUCAGUGAUGAGUACAGCUUUGUUUUGAAGAAAAAUUCGCAGCUAUAUCAAAGAAGAGCCAGUGAAAUAGUAUCUGCCAUUGUGUCAUUCUUUACUUCAGCAUAUGUAAGGAAAUGGAGAGAAUUUUUCCCGGAUAAAGAGUUGAAAUAUCCUCCAUCUUUUGAUGGACGGGCUAUAUGCUAUCCAUCAUCCAAGAUUCUUCGAGAUUAUCUAGCAUGGAGACAAGUUGAUUGUCACAUCAAUAAUCAGUACAACACUUGUUUUUGGGCACUUGUUAAGUCUGGAAAAAGCAAGAGUCAAGCUCAAGAUUAUUUAAAGGGUACCCAAGCUCUGGAGAAAAAUGAAUUGCUUAGAAAAGAAUUUGGAAUUGAGUAUGAUGCAUUGCCAGUCAUGUUUAGGCGGGGUUCUUCAGUUUUCCGGACUAAGGCUAAUAAGGCUCAGACGCCCGAGAAUGGUGCUUCUGCUGAGAAACUUCAAACCGAAAUAAUUGUUGAUUUCUGUAAUAUAAUUGAGCAGAGCUUUUGGGAAGCAUAUCCAAGCAUUCUUGAUGAGGAAGCCGACUAACCCAGAAGUGCAUUUUGGGCUCAUCUGAAAACUUCUGCCAUUGCUUUUCUCUACCUUUUUUUUUUUUUUUUUUUUUUGAACUUUCCAAAGCAUGUAUAGGAUUCUAGUAUUUAAAACAUAACAUCCAAAAAGCAAAUAAACAGUUCUUCUACGU